CGUAGGCCGGGCUGCACGCCUGGGGGCCGUGAUGGCGAACGUGUCCGAGAGGACGCUGCAGCUGUCCGUGCUGGUGGCCUUCGCCUCCGGAGUGCUGGUGGGCUGGCAGGCAAAUCGGCUGCGGCGACGCUACCUGGACUGGAGGAAGAAGAGGCUGCAAGACAAGCUGGCGGCGACGCAGAAGAAGCUGGACCUGGCCUGAGAUCCCCGCGCUGUCGGUCCCCGCCGGCCCCCGCGCGGCCACCACGAGGCCACCUUGCGUCUCCGGCGCGGGACUCCGGCCGAAGCCAGGCUCGCCUCAAGCUCUCCGCCCUCAGUGUCGGGCUCUUCCCGGAGCCUGUGAGCAACACUUAUAGGGGUGCUCUAAGGGGAGACUGGGGACCGACGGAUAUCUUGGGGCAGGAGGGUCUUUGGAGAGCGCACAGGAGCUUGUUGAAGAUGGAUCUAGAGAACUGGAUAGAAAUAGUUUCUCCUUGCACUGUAUGAAUCAAUUUUAUUUUUAAAAUAAAAGAAUACAAACAUGUUU